AUGUUAACAACAAAUACAACAUUCAAUCUUCCAUUGUUAAUUAAAACUAAACCAUCAACAAAAAAACAAAAUUUAUCUGAAUGUCGAAUAUGUGGCGCCCCUGCUCAAUACGCAAAUUUUGGCGUUAUUUCAUGUCAUUCAUGUAAAGUGUUUUUUAAACGAAAUGCUAAUACUAAACAAACAGCAUUUAAAUGUAAUUUUAAUGGCUAUUGUGAGAUCAGACGAGAUGAUCAUCAUAUGUGUACAUCAUGUCGACUUAAGAAAUGUUUUCAAUAUGGAAUGACUACUGACAAAUUUCGACCAUCAAGACCGACUAAAUUAAAAACAAAAUCAUUAGUUAAAUUAUCAAUAUUAAAUUCUUUAAAACCCGAUCAUUCAUUAUUGACUACGAGUCAAUGGACACUUCUCUCAAAUUUAUAUAAUGGCUUUGAUGAAUCUCAACUUUUAUUAUUUGGUAAAUCUUUGGCAGAUACACAUAAUUCUUUACAACCAAUGAAUGUGACAUAUCAAAGGCUUGUAGAAAAUUAUUUAUUAUCUAUUUAUGAAACAACAGGAAGAUAUCUUUGUUUGAAUGAUGAUAUUUGUAAAUUAUCAUUUAAUGAUCGUUCCAUCUUACUUCCUACUGCUGCAGAUAAUAUGUCUAGCAUGGCUUCUAUAUUUAUUAUACAUCACUUUGAUUUAUGUAGUCUAGAAUCUUUUUUGAAAAUUAUGUCAACAAUGUAUGACAAUCAUGCAAUCUCUCUUUCUCUAUGGACAAUGAAAUUUAUUAAUCCAGAUAUUAUAAUAUUUAAAUUAGCACUUUCAUUAUUUGCUUUAUCAAAAACUACUUAUUUAUAUUCUCCAAAUAUUCCAAUAGAUUCAACAAAUUCUUCUACAAUAUUUCAUAUUCAAAAUAAAUAUGCUGAAGUUACAUGGAAAUAUCUUAAUUAUAGAUAUGGUUGGUAUGAAGCUGUUAAACAUUUUCAUAGCAUCAUAUAUUGGCUUAUAGCUUUGACAAUGCUUAUGGACGAUGUACAAAAUUUUAGUAGACAUGUUGAUAGUGUUGAUUCACUUGUUGAAUUAACUGAACUUACAUUUAUAUUAGAUGAUGUUGAGGAAAUAAUCGAUACAAAAUAG